UUUGCAAUAUUUAGCAAACACGAUAGUUUACUCUAAGUUCAAACUUGAGGAUGAAAAUAAUUAAUUCUGAAGUCUUGUUUUACCAUAGAUGAAAAGAUGAUAAUAAAAGCCCCACGUAGGUGGGCACAUCCCCUCUUUCUCUCAAUUCGCUAAUGAUGUCUGUAGACAAAUUCGUGGCUGGUCCAUUCACAUAAAGACAGACGACUUUAAAUAAUUGUUUUCUUAAUUUUUUCUGCGCCGAAAAAUGGUCACGGCCGAAAACUGGCUCAAAGUUAAUUGGUGCGAGUGGGUCGCUUGAGAGAGACGCUCACGUUUUAUCCAAUUAUUUAGAACAACACCUGAUGAUUUUUUUGCUAAAAAUAACCAGCGACACACAGGAGCAGAGGGAGAGUGACGUCACUUUUUGAGUUUAUGCCCCAACUUUUAACCGCAACGUUGUAAAAUUCGUGGUUGGCGCUACACGCUGAGCCCCGACACUUUCUUUCUCCGUGUCCUGGAUUUGCCUCAUUGAAAACGAAAUAAACAGCACCACCGAGCGCAGCCUAUGUGUGCCUCUUGAUGGAAGCCCGAGAGAGUCGAUCGCUCGCACCAACUGACACCUUCAAGGUCCCGCUUCCUCACAAAUAAACACGUUGAUCAUCUUCCGAUUUAUCACUGCUGAUCCAUAAAUUUCUAUCGACGGGCAUGACGCAUAAUGCCAAAAUCGACAAACACGCGUAAAUACUAAGCUACAGUUAUUUAGAAGUAAAUAUUCGAUCAAAAAUUGGAUUGCAUAACUCACUAUAAAUUCAUAAAAUUCUUCGUAAUAUACCUCCUGCAGUAUAGUUUUAACACCGCAUUUCAGCAAUAAUUCAGCCGUGCAGGCUGUAUUUUAUUUUUAAUUUUCACUCUUAAAUAAUGGCUGAGGCUGUCAUAUAUUAUCUCAUAUCUUUAGUUACUUGAUGUAUUGGGUGGAUUUAAUUUUCUUUUGUUUAUACAUUAGUAAUCUUACACAGUACCAGACUGGUCUAGGGCGUAGUGGGCAUUUUGCCCGGUGCGCCCCAGAUCUUUUAACUUGAACCUUAUGGCAUCCCCAUAUGGUCCAGGUGCCCCCAAUAUAUAUUGCUCAAAUAUAAGCGCCCGGUAGAAAUUUUGUCCAAAGUCCGGCACCGAUCUUAAUGCAUCUUUUGAAAUCUCACAGCUAUUUCUCUCAUCAGUUGUUGGUGUCGACGACACGAUAAAAUAAAAUAAAAAGUGCCGGUAUAAUCUGCUGGUGUAGAGGAUCUAAUUAGUCGUACUUUGAUUCGUCUGCAAAAGUGCAAAUAAAAAUAUACUUACGAUGCGCUGAAUAUACAUAAUAUUCAAUAUUGCCUUAUUCGAUAUACUUUUCAAUAUUUUAGGUUUAAAACGAUCUGGAAUUGUGAAACAGGCAUGCUUACUCGCUGUUACUGAAGCCUGCGCAUGGAAAAUAGUAUGUUUCCGGCAGCUGUGCACGGCUCCAAAUUACGCUAAUAUAUCGAGGACAACAGUCGGUCCUUCCUGCUACUGUGUACGUGGGCACACUGUCGCUUACUUGCCAUGGCAUACAACUCUCAUACGGAAUUCUUAAUCUGGCGUUCAAUUUUUUGCCUUCUGGCAUUAUUCUCUGAAUUUUCGAACAUACGCAUGCAACCAUCGAACACUAAGCAGCCAACGAGCUUGAAAAUCUUGAAACAAGACAAUUUUGAAGGGACUAAUUGAUUUUUAAUUUGUGAAUGCUCUCUAUCAUUGUAAUCAUAAAAUUUUCAGGAUAUAGCGUACUGUCAGCAUCAAUAUCGACAUGCGUAUCUCAAUGCUUGGGAUUGGAUGGAGCAGGGAAAACCUGUAAAUAUGAUGAGAAAAGUGGCCUAGCGAUCGGCGGUUACUGCAUGUCAGACUUUGUUCGGCCAACGGGGAUUGAUCGACGCGUAAUCUGUGUAUAUGAGAAAAAUGACAUUGUGAGAGGAUUGUCGCUCGACUUGUUGAUUGAGUCAAAACUUUGUACCACUAUAUUAGUAUUGGUCGCCAUAAGGUUCGACAGCAAAGUUCCAACAAAUAUCCAAAUGGUCAUAGUUGAUGAAGAUAUGCACAAGGAUGCUCAAAGGAUAUCCUCGAAACCAACAGUGAAACUGCACUAUAAGCUGGGCACUGGCAUGUCCAUGAAUGACUCCAUGAACCCCGUCGAUUUCUCUAGGACGUUUAGUAUGACAACUAGGAGGGGCAGAUGGGUUGACGCCAUGGUCAGCCUUAGCCAGAAACCAGAGGGGCAGUAUUACUCAGGACUCUACAUCAGGUGGUUGUAUCCAGGGUGUCCAAACGAUGACUGCAAAGUUGGACCUGCGUCGGAUGAACACACGCUGAUUAUGGCUCUGAAUGAACUUUCGGCGGCGUGGAAAUCAAAAAGUCCAAAUAAAGUUUGGGAAUUAGCGAUGGAAACGUCAGCUAAGGCUGAUAACAUUUACAUGGGACUGGGAAUUGAGUUGCUCGGAAGAGUUUUGAACUACUUCUUGAUUUUGACCUACGAGUGGUCUAUGCCAGUAAUGACCACAAUCCCGCCAAAGACGUUCUUUCAAACGCCUUAUGACAAAAUGGAUCUUGCGAUGGAUGGAUACUUAAAAAAGGCCAAAAGAGACAACAAAAGAUUCUUUUUAGGAAUAAACCCUACGUUAAUUCGCUAUGCAUUGAGUGAUUCUGUCAUGACCGCAAAAUAUGGGAAAGGAAAACUCGCUUCAGACGAAUACUAUGUCAAUUCAUCUGCAAGCAGAUAUAUAGUGUUUUCCGAUGCGUGUGCAUUGGUCUCCAACGCGAGCAACAACUAUACUGUUGUGGUUCCAAAAGCAGGGGAAUUAAACAAAACCACUUAUGCAAAAUCCGACACAACAUUCAUUUCGUUUGACGAAACAAAUGAUAUAAUGGAUAAGGUAAGAAGAAUUUUUGAUAAAUACAACAAUAGGAUUGGAGGGAUAUGGAUGAAAAACAUAAGUCACGAUGAUUUCACUGGGAAAGUUUGCGGAUGUGGACCUUUUCCUUCUUUAAGAGCUGGAAAUGAAGGACUCUUUGGAGGUGGCUGUACGAUGAAGAAAUGCUUUACGAAGAAAUGAAUGUAUUUUUAUUCUCACACUUGUAUUCUCUUUUACAUCCCCACUUAAAAUAAUAAACAAAAACAGAAUUUAUUCUGUUAAAUAAA